AUGGUUGUGGGAGCUGGACGUGGACCACUGGUAAAUCGUGCUAUACUUGCGGCCGAUAGUUCAAAACGAAAAGUUCAAAUAUUUGCUGUUGAAAAAAAUCCGUUUGCAAUUAUUUCAUUGUAUUCUCAAAAAGAAAAAUGGGGUAAUCGUGUAACAAUUGUGAAUGAAGAUAUGCGUAAUUGGCGAGCGUUUUGUAAAGCUGACAUAUUAGUGAGUGAAUUAUUGGGUUCAUUUGGUGAUAAUGAACUUUCACCAGAAUGUUUAGAUGGUGCUCAACGUUAUCUAAAAGAUGAUGGAAUAAGCAUACCGUAUACGUAUACAUCUUAUAUUUGUCCUGUACAAUCACCAAAAAUUUAUUCUGAAUUAAUCUAUAACCAUGAUGCGAGUAAACCACACUAUGCCAAUUUUGAAACUCCAUUUGUUGUUUACCUUUACAAUUGUUGGUAUAUGACUGAACCUAAAGCCUUGUUCACAUUUACACAUCCGAAUCGUUCUGCUCAUAUUGAUAAUUCACGAUAUGAAGAAAUUGAAUUUUCAAUAGCAGAAACGGGAACUAUGCAUGGUUUAGCUGGAUUUUUUGAAGCAAAUUUAUAUAAGGAUAUAAUAAUAAGUAUAAAACCAGAUACACAUUCGAAACAUUUAAUUAGCUGGUUUCCAAUGUUUUUUCCAUUUCGUGAGCCAAUAACGGUAACGAGCGGUACAAAAAUCAAAGUUAGCUUUUGGCGUUGUUGUUCAGCAUCUCAUGUCUGGUAUGAAUGGACAGUAUCUGAGCCUACAACAUUACCAAUACAUAAUCCAACAGGACGAACAGUUUCAAUUGGACUGAAAUAA